GUGGUACUCAACCAAACCUAUUAUUUGUGCCAGCUGCUUGGAGCUUAAGAGAGCGAACAAAAAUGGCUGCAAUUCCAUCAUCCGCAUUUCUGCCUCCAACAACCGCAUUCAAUCUCGCCCGUCACUUUCCUUCUUCAUCCCGGCUUCCACCACUUCCUCGCCGUGAACACGUAACUUCCUUCACCGUCCAAGCUGCCAAGCUCCCUUCUGGCGUGGAAUUGCCAAAAUUACAACCAAAGUUCAAACCUCCAUUUCUAGGAUUCACUAAGACUGCUGAAAUUUGGAACUCAAGAGCCUCUAUGAUUGGCCUCAUUGGAGUAUUCAUCGUCGAACUUAUAAUGAACAAGGGAAUACUUCAAACCAUAGGUGUCGAUGUCGGGAAAGGACUCGACAUUCCGCUCUGAAGACCUAAUUUUCAUGUAUUAUACUUUUACUACUUACUAUAUAUACACUUAAAUUGUACAUCUUUUUAACAAGUUUUUCUAGAUUUUUAUUCUUAAAUUCUUAAGUUUUCUAUAUUAUCCAACAAUUUAAAGUAACACCACUCAUUUCUAGAAGUACUUUCAUUUCUCA